CAACCCACCCACACAUCGCUCGCUGCGCGCGCUCUCUCUCUCUCUCGCCGCCGCCGCGCCGCCGGAACCGCCGUCUCGCCCGCGCCCGCUCCAGAAGGUGAGAUCCCCGUCUCUCUCUCUCUCUCUCUCUCUCUCUCUCUCUCUCUCUCUCUCUCUCUCUCUCUCUCUCUCUCUCUCUCGGACUCCUUGCGCCGCCGCCCCUUGCGCCGGCGGCUGGGAGCGAGCACCUCCGCCUGGAUCUACAACUGCCGGCCGCCGCCCAGGGGAAUCCCAGGAAAGCUCAGGUGAGGAGCAGGCUACCACGAAAUGGCGGCGUUUCUGAGGUCAAAGUGUUCGUCAGUUGGACGUACUCUGAUUGGAAGCCUUGGAAAUAAUUUGUAUGGAGCCACCAGCUCAUCUGUGGAGGCAGUGACAAGACCUUCUCAUUGUGAUGCUAUCAGCCAGCAAAUCAGAACAUUCAUCCAGAUGAGAACCAACCUCAAGGUCGUGGACAACUCUGGAGCGAAGCGGGUUAUGUGCAUUCAGGCCAAGAGGGGCAAGUAUGGAGCAAGGCUUGGGGACAUGAUCAUCGGAUCUGUCAAGGAAGCACAACCUCGUGGCAAGGUCAAGAAAGGAGACGUCGUGUACGGAGUGGUCGUCCGGGCUGCCAUGAAGAAAGGGCGCAGUGAUGGCAGCGAGGUCCAGUUCGAUGACAACGCGAUAGUCCUCGUAAACAACAAGGGCGAGCUGAUCGGCACUCGCGUCUUUGGUCCGGUGCCUCAUGAGCUCAGGAAGAAGAAGCACCUCAAGAUCCUGGCAUUGGCUGAGCACAUUGUUUGAGAUGUCUUCCUGCUUUGGUAUUUGCCUGAUAGUUCUGCAGAGUGAAAUGAAUGUGGUGUUUCCCUUAAAGAAUGUUUCUAGGGAUGUUUUUGUUCUCUGUUGAAUCGUGAUAUUAGUAUAUUUCACUUUUGGGUUUGGCCGUUUGUAUUCGCAAUAAUGUAUCUUGAAAAAAAGUUUGAACUAUGGUGAGUCCUUAUGUAUCACGAUUUGGACUUCCAUUGAACAUGAAUAGUAGUGUCCCAUUUUCAUG